GUGGUUAGGACUUGGACGAGCAAGAUCAUCAACAAAGGCAACAUCUUUGCAUCCAAGACGGCAACUUGUCGGUCGAUCAAAAGGGGAGCUGCCGCGGGGUUCUGUGCAGAUAGCUACCAUCAUGUCGAAUAAACACCAACAUAUUUUUGCGGAAGACAUGUCGGAUGAGAUGUGCCACUUUGCCUUGGAAACCAGCCAAGAAGCGUUCCAGUUGACGAUCACGAAAGGCCAGGUGUUCACAACGAUUGCUUCGUGCAUCCGCAAAGCAUUCGAGAAGUCGUACGGCCGAGGCUGGAACGUUGUUGUUGGGAGAAGUUUUGGGGCCUACGUGACCCACGAGAUCAAGACGUACAUGUACUUUACUGUUGUCCCGGGGGUCUAUGUGCUGCUGUGGAGGUGGGUCUUGAUGUCCGAAGGAUUCGUCUUUUUGCAUCGAUAG